UCCCUUGUUCCGAAUUCUGUUCAUGUCGCUGAGAUUUUGCACUGGAAGGAGGUUUGCUCCAAGCUGCUGGAAGGCUUUGUGCUCAUUUGUUUAGACGUAAAAGAAAGUUAUUGUCACACAGUGGUGGAUACUGAUGUUUGAAUCCCCUCAUGUAACAAUGUCAACUUAUGUAGGACUCAUCGUCUUAGUAUUUUUCAGGGAUGCAUACGUGACAUCUCUGGAGUUGUGUCCUGUCUGGAACUACCUGGAAUUAAAGGAAGGAAGAGAUGACAACACUUUUACUUGUACUGGACUCACAGAUCAGCAAGAAGUCAGCUGGCUGAUUAACAACAUUGUGCUGAAAAAAUGUCCGCCAGUUCCACCAUCAUGUCACGAUUUAGCUUACGGAUAUUUCAACAUUAGCAGGACUUCAAACGAAUACUAUGAUAUUACUGUAUUAGCGACAAGAAUCUCUGAUCUCAGUAUCUUUUCGGAAAAUGUUACAUGUAAGACGAACACUGAAGCUAAACUGUGCCAACUGGACAUAAUCUAUCCUGCAGAGAACUCCACGUGCCACAUUGAGUUUAGUGAAGAGACAUGGACGGUGACAGGCUGGUGCAGUGUCCCCAAGCUCAAAUCUACAAGAUUUCUUGAUAAGUCCGGCUGCUACUUUCAUCAGACUUCUCAGACUGCCGGAACGACUGCAGAAGUGGGUUUUUAUAAAAUGAAUCUAAAGCCAAGUACACAGACUGGUUAUUACACAGGCACGUGUAACAUGACCUCUUACCUGCCUAGUGAGGGACGAUACAGCUACACAGUCAUCAUCAUGCCAGGGCAGGUCAACGUUUCCCCCACAUUCACUGGAAGCAAUGAAAUACGCCGGCCAAGCGGUAGUCUAACACACAACUGUCCCCAGUAUGUGACAGAAGGUGCUGACCUCACCUGCCAAUGUUCAGUCAGUGAUUUAGGCUCACCUCAGGGAAGACUGCAAUGGAACAUCACAGGCUCCAGCCAACUGUCACUAACGGGCCUAAAGAGAGAGCAGCAUGGAGAGAACUACGUGUGUAGUCUGAUGUGGAACAAGACAGUCCAGCAGUCACUGACCUACACACUUAUCGUCAUCUACAAACCCAGUAAAAUGAUCUUCAAGCUGAACAACAUUGCCAACAGCAUCGUGACGGUGGCUGAGAACACCACGGUGACCCUGUUGUGUCAGUCUGACGGUAGACCAGCGCCCAGUCUGACCAUCACUGACGUCACUAACGGUAACCGUGUCUUACAAAGCGAGUCGGCAGGAAACAUAACUCAAGCUGAUCAGAGACAACUCAGCUAUAAUAUCACGGCUGUUCAGUGCGAGGCGUCAGGUGAAUACAGGUGUGCAGCAAACAAUGGCGUGGGGCAAAUGUAUCAGUCACUCACUCUCUUUGUCAAAUGGCUUGGUUGCCUUGGGGUGACUACAGUCUCAAGGGCUUGGUUCUUGCCACCCUGGGUACGGGAGAAGUACCAUUUUGCCAUAAGGUGUUUUAGUUUCGCUGGUAAACCAAGAAACAAUGAUCCAAACUAUACAUCUCGGAAUAUUACCGAAGGUAAAAGUGCGAGUUUUGACUUCAUCGCUUACCCGACAUCUGUGAAUGUGACCAAAUAUUACCUGGGACAAGAUAUGAACACUGAAGGACCAGCCAUGGAGGGAGUAUUUAAAGUGACAUGCAGCGUCAGUUCUGUCUACACAUAUACAGUCACCUGUACAGUGAAUGUCAUUAAUGUCACCGCAGACACCUCUGGAUAUUAUAAACUGGUUGUUAGCAAUGAGCUGGGAAACACUUCCUUUAUAUUUGCGGCUUUACCUCGAAAUAUUACAGAAGAAUCGAUGCAAGUGACGUCUGGCGGCUUCCCUCCCGGUGCAAUUGCCGGUCUAGUUGCUGGCCUUGUUGUUAUCAUCGCGGUUGUCGCUAUAGUCGUCGUUUGUUUCUAUAGACAGAAAGGAGGAAGAAAAAACAGAAAUAUACCUGUAGCCAAACAGCAGAAAAAUUCCGACAACCAAGGGAAAGAUAUUCAGCUGACAGCAAAUACCAUCUAUGAAUCAAGUGACAAGCAACCACUGGCGUCGGAAGGAAGAGCUUGUCCUGAAAACCAUGGGGCAGUUCUCUCGAUGUCUCCUGUGACAGAAUCCGCUUACCAAAACUCUGCUUUCACAGAAGAAACUACAAAAAAAGGAAAAAUCAAGGGAAAGGGAGCGAAGGAAGCUAAACGUCGUAACGACGAAGGACUUCUCUAUACAACUGUCGUAUUUUCUAACUCACCCAGCGCGCAGCCUCAUCCACCACCAAAAUCAGAACCGACGGAAUAUGCUACCAUUAGACAGACUAGUGCUCAGUAACUAGUGCCCAGGCAGUGGUAAUUUCAAGAAUUGACAUUUGAGGUGUGCGUCCAAAUAACACGCACAGGAUAUCACGUCAUAUUAAAUACAGAAAAAAGUCUUAUAUGUUAUCUCUAAAGGUAAAUAUGCUUCAGCAAUUUCAGUACAGCCUGAAUAUUCAUAAUGUGACUAAUAUAUAUAUAAAAAAUCUAUCUUUGCCUGACGAUGUGUGUUAUAUGGAGCUGUUUUAUAAUAUUUGUGUUGUAUUAUACAAGUUACAGUUAAGGUGUCGAAUUUAUUAACAUAUUUAUUUUAUUAGCAUAAAUCCAAAAUUUACAAUGUCAAAUAAAUAUGAAAAGGUGUAUUUUAAUCUGCAAGAUUUUUUUAUGAAUUAAAUUCACUGACUAUUGCUCUCUCUCUAUAUAUAUAAUAAAGAUUAUAUUCAUAUUUCA